AAUAGCUAAAUUAUAAGGCAACAUAUGGACGAAGGAUAUAUAUAUUUCCUGGCGACCCGACUACCAACCGUCCACAUAAAUAAAUCAAAUCUGUUCCUACUGCAAAUCAUAUUUCGGCAGGAUUUGCAAAACUCUGACAGCAAAAACCCACAAUUUCAAUAAUGCCUUCGAGUGCAUCUGAUCCAUCUUGCUCCCCGAUGUCAAGGUUUCUGUACCUGACCGUGGUACCUGAUUGUUGUGGCCUUACAGCCUGAGGCUAAAAGGGAAGCGGAAACCAGCCACAGACACGUGAUCCGAUACCUGUUUGCCUUUGUGCGGGUUCCACCUCAUCCACAAAUUACUGCAAAGAAAUUCUGACCACCCAAUCCCAUCUCGACGGUGGAUCAACAAUAAUCAAACCAUCGGAUGACCUGCGUCUCUGCAUCGAAUCAGCCCCUGCCGACGAUGGGGUCGAUUGAAAUUCUUUUCCGACGUUGUCGUCAUGCUCCCGGGCCCCCCGGGACGCCACCAGAUGAUCUGACUUGGCCCCCAUCCAUCAGGCGUGCAGAACACUGUAACCCUACAGUUCCAAGAGCCACCUAGCCAAGGAAGUGAGUGUGGGUGUUCAGAUGUCCCGUGCGGAGAUUCAGAGGGUGGUUUCAAGUUUCAGGUUCUCGUUACCGUGAGAAAGGGAUGGUCAAGCCAGGAAACGAUCGGGGGGGAUGAUGGGUCCUCCAGCAGGCAUCUUGGCCAAUGUGCAGACGCGUUGCGUUCUUGACCCGCUGAUUGUUCUCAUCAUGGACGAGUCAUGUAGCGCACAGUCAGAAGAUCGAAGGCCCCAGGUCCAAUUUCAGCAUGCGGUCGAUCAUCGAUAACACCUGUCUCCAUAAAGAGAGGAGCCCAAAUCCAUGACCGACCCGUGGACGACCGUGGGCAGCCUAGCCAGGAAAGCCAGCACAACGAUGCCCUUCCGAGGUACCUGUAUGCCUGGCGCCUGCGGCCUGUGUUGUCGCAGGGGGAAACGGUUGCCAGGCGUGUCUCAGGACGCUGAUCCAUCUGGUGGACUGGUGGAGUCACAAUAAGAGCGGAUGACGAAGGACAUUUGCAGACGCCGCUGGACCCGCUGUGACGCGCCUCCACUGCCUUCAUUGUCGUUCGUCGAGCGCCGCCUGCGCCUCCAAUCAAAUUCUGCUGUACCAAAAAUAUCUUUCAUUCUGCUUGUGCAUUCAAGCCCCAGGGCUUCCAAAAGAAUUGCAUAUACCCAUCCUAUCUUUAGCUCCCCCAGGCGACACCUUUCAUUGUCAGCCCAUCUUUCUUUCACUGCGACUCUUUGACAUCGCCCACCAGCCUCUCUGUGAUUUGCACCAGGCAGCCUACUUUGGACGGCUCUUUUGAAGGUGAUCUUCGCAAGAAUACGACGUGUCCAGACAACCAGGGCAUCAUUCAUCUUAUUACCAUCCCAUUACCGCUUUCUUCUGCCCGUUCGAGCUUUUUCUGGUUGACUAGGAUCUUCGUUGUUCAUCCUCAUCCUCUAUUGUCACCUCACAGCUCGCUCGAUUUGUAUUGGUUGUAUACUACGCGAUUCACUACGCCAUCGUCGCCGCCGCCGAAAUUUCCUACCUAUUUGACACAAUUGGUUGUUCUUCCAAAAUCCGUUGAUCGGGGAGCUGUGCACAAUGGGUACCCCCAUACCGACCUCUCCCCAUUCCACCCGGGCCCAUUCACCAAACCUAUCUCAUUCGCCCCAAGCGAGUGAAAGUAGCCUGUAUUCUCACAAUGGUCCUCGUGAUCACGGAUACGGUUACGAAGAAAAGAAUGAACACGCCGAAAGCUCACAGUCCCUCCUCUACCGGAACCAACCGAGCCCCCUCAAUGCGCAAUUCGAUGACCCCUACGCUUCCUCCGAUUCUCUGCGACGCUAUACUCUGCAGGAUCCUGGUGUGACAAUCUUCCCCGAUGCACCCUACCAGGAUCCUACAACUGCGUCGGGUCUCAGUCGCCGGUCGGGUGUGCAGACCCCUAUGUCAGAGACCCCAUCGGAAGCCUGGCAGCAACGGCAAGCACCUGCCUCGGGCCUGCGCCGCUACGCGACCAGAAAGAUUAAGCUGGUGCAGGGCUCCGUCCUGAGUGUAGACUAUCCGGUGCCCAGUGCCAUUCAAAAUGCUAUCCAGCGGGAGUAUCGGGAAUCAGAGGAAGGCUUCCCAGAAGAAUUCUCCCAUCUGCGCUACACGGCCGCCACUUGCGAUCCUGAUGAAUUCACCCUACGAAACGGAUACAAUCUUCGACCGGCUAUGUACAACCGACACACCGAGUUACUGAUUGCCAUUACCUACUAUAACGAAGAUAAGGUCCUCACCGCCCGAACUCUCCAUGGUGUCAUGCAAAAUAUUCGGGACAUCGUGAACCUCAAAAAGUCAGAGUUCUGGAACAAGGGUGGUCCGGCCUGGCAGAAAAUCGUGGUGGCCUUGGUCUUCGAUGGUAUCGAUCCUUGCGACAAAAAUACCCUGGACUUGCUCGCCACGGUCGGAAUUUACCAAGAUGGUAUCAUGAAACGUUCCGUUGAUGAAAGAGAAACGGUUGCGCAUAUCUUCGAGUAUACCACUCAGCUUUCCGUCACUGCUAGUCAGCAAUUGAUUCGGCCCCAGGGUACGGAGUCAACCAACCUCCCACCAGUCCAGAUGAUCUUUUGUUUGAAGCAGAAAAACAGCAAGAAGAUCAACUCCCACCGCUGGCUAUUCAAUGGAUUCUGUCGUAUCUUGAACCCCGAAGUGGUUAUUCUGAUUGAUGCCGGUACCAAACCGGGUAAGAAGUCUCUGCUGGCAUUGUGGGAAUCGUUCUAUAACGACAAGAAUCUCGGCGGAUCUUGUGGUGAGAUUCAUGCUAUGCUUGGUAAAGGUUGGAAAAACGUGUUGAAUCCGCUUGUCGCUGCGCAGAAUUUUGAGUACAAGAUCUCAAAUAUUCUCGACAAACCCCUCGAGUCAGCCUUUGGAUAUGUCAGCGUGUUGCCCGGUGCCUUCUCAGCGUACCGAUACCGUGCGAUUAUGGGCCGGCCCCUUGAGCAGUACUUCCAUGGUGACCACACACUCUCUAAACAACUUGGCAAGAAGGGUAUUGAGGGUAUGAAUAUCUUCAAGAAGAAUAUGUUCCUUGCCGAAGAUCGUAUUCUUUGCUUCGAAUUAGUGGCCAAGGCUGGAUUUAAGUGGCAUCUGACCUACGUCAAGGCUUCUAAGGGUGAAACCGAUGUUCCUGAAGGUGCUGCAGAGUUUAUUGGUCAGCGCCGUCGCUGGCUGAACGGUUCAUUUGCCGCCAGUCUUUAUGCCAUGAUGCAUUUCGGUCGGAUUUACAAGAGUGGACAUAACAUCAUCCGUCUUAUAUUCCUCCAUAUCCAGAUGGUGUACAAUUUUGCAGGUCUCGUCAUGACUUGGUUCUCUCUCGCGUCUUUCUGGUUGACUACUUCGGUCAUCAUGGAUCUUGUUGGAACCCCGAGUGAUUCCAACAAGCAUAAAGGCUGGCCCUUUGGUAAUGAGGCCACGCCGAUUGUUAAUAACUUCUUGAAGUACGGCUAUGUGUUCUUCUUGAUGCUACAGUUCAUUCUGGCACUGGGUAACCGACCUAAAGGUUCUCGUCUGGCUUAUACCCUUUCGUUCAUUUACUUCAGUAUCGUCCAGUGUUACAUCCUCGUAUUGUCGUUCUACUUGGUCGCCAAUGCUUUCACUGGAGGUACGUUGGACUUUGAUAUGAGUCAAGGCAUCGGCAAAUUCCUGUCGUCUUUCUUCAGUUCUUCCGGUGCCGGUAUCAUCUUGAUUGCCUUGGUCUCUACCUAUGGUAUCUACUUCAUUGCUAGCUUCCUUUAUAUGGAUCCUUGGCACAUGUUCACCUCCUCUUGGGCUUACUUUGGUGGUAUGACCUGCUCGAUCAAUAUCCUCAUGGUGUACGCCUUCUGCAACUGGCAUGACGUUUCUUGGGGUACCAAGGGAUCGGACAAGAGUGAGGCACUGCCAGAGGCUCAGACCAAGAAGGAUGAUUCCAAGUCCAAUUUCAUCGAGGAAGUCGAUAAGCCGCAGGCCGACAUUGACAGUCAGUUUGAGGCAACCGUCAAGCGCGCGCUGGCGCCGUUUGAGGAACCCGAAGAGAACGAAGAGAAGAGCAUGGACGACUCGUACAAGGCCUUCCGUACCAAUCUGGUGCUCAUAUGGAUCUUCAGCAACUUGAUCUUGGUACUGUGCAUUACCAGUGAAGGUAUUGACCGGUUCUGUCUGACGAAUACCUCGACUGUUCGGACAUCCGGAUAUUUCUCGGCCAUUCUGUGGACGACUGCUGGUUUGUCCAUUUUCCGUUUCCUCGGCUCGCUCUAUUUCCUGGGCAAGUCGGGCAUUCUUUGCUGCGUGUCCCGACGCUAAACUGCCUUGGGCUCGGUGGCCGCCGCCACCAAGUCGAUAAUGUCCAUGUGUAUAUAACAUCGUCCUAGCGUCCUCGCUCGGUCUCGAUUAUGAUGUCUUCUUUUGGAAUAUGUGUGCUAUAGAAAAUUCGGAUAGAUGGUCUAGUUUAUGUGCGAUUUAUGGUUUGCUGCACGGCUGCGUCAUCGGGAUGGCCUCUUUGCGUUGGAUCAUUGAUUCUGUGGCGGUAAACGAUUUAUUUUCUUUCAAUGAUAAGGCUUGUCUUGGUUCUAUUGAGCAAAUGACUCAUGAUUAUGUUCGCAUUCGCAGCCUGUUGGAAAGUAACCAGACUGUACUAGUCGUCCUUUUGGACACUCUCUCAUCUUUCCCCGUUUUCGGUCUUUCU